AUGGCGAAAACCGCGAAAUCUGAAAAUCAUGCCUCAGACCAAGAGAUGCCGUCUGUUGAGGAAGAUCUCUACAAGAUUCUAGGUGUUGCAUCCGACGCAACCCCAGAAGCCAUCAAAACUGCAUACAAAAAGAGCGCUCUCAGAAACCAUCCCGACAAGGUGAGCGAAGAAGCUCGCGCAGACGCUAACGCAAAAUUCCAACGAAUCGCUCUGGCAUACGGAGUACUCUCUGAUGCGCGCCGACGAAGCGUGUAUGACCGAACCGGCAGCACAGACGAAGCUUUUGGCGAAGAUGGCGACUUCAACUGGAUGGACUUCUACCGCGAACAACUAUCGGCAAUGCUCGACUCCCGGGCGAUAUCGGACUUCCAGAAAAAAUACCAAAACUCAGACGAGGAGAGAAAGGACCUGCUCGCUGCGUAUGAGACGCACGAGGGCAACAUGGAUGAUAUCUACGAUACCGUGAUGCUGUCUAAUGUACUAGACGACGAUGAAAGGUUCCGCGGUAUCAUUGAUCAGGCCAUUGCGGAUGGGGAAGUGCAAGAUUACGAGCGAUAUUCCAAAGAGCCCGAGAAGAAGAAACAGCAGCGCGUGAAGAAGGCGCAGAAGGAGGCGCGGGAGGCGGAGAAGUUGGGGAAGGAGAUUGAGAAUAAGAAGAAGAAAGCUGGGGCUUCGGCUAAGAGCUCGAAGGCUGCAGUGAAUGAGGAUGAUCUUCUAGCUAUUAUCACUAAGCGCCAACAGGACCGUGGUGCAGGCUUCCUCGCUCGUUUAGAGGAGAAGUAUGCGCAGCCUGGGAAGAAACGUGGUGUUGAUGAUGAGCCCCCCGAGGAAGCUUUUGCUGCUGUUGGGGCUCGAAAGGGAACAAAACCUAAGUCGAAGAGGGCUAAGGCUUGA